AUGAGGGCGCCCGCGCUGCUGCCGCCCGCGCUGCUGACCUGCUGCGGAUGGCUGCUCGCCCCCGUGAACAGUGUUCACCCAGAAUGUCGAUUUCAUCUGGAAAUACAGGAGGAAGAGACAAAAUGCACAGAGCUUCUAAGGACUCAAACAGGAAAAUACAAAGCCUGCACUGGUGUCUGGGACAACAUUACCUGCUGGCGCCCCGCGGACAUCGGCGAGACCGUCACCGUGCCCUGUCCCAAAGUGUUCAGCAACUUUUACAGCAAACCAGGAAACAUAAGCAAAAACUGCACGAGUCACGGCUGGUCGGAGAUGUUUCCCGACUUCGUGGACGCGUGCGGCUACCGUGACGCCGAGGACGACAACAAGAUCACGUUCUACGUUCUGGUGAAAGCCGUUUACACGCUGGGCUACAGUGUCUCUCUGAUUUCCCUUACCACCGGGAGCCUCAUUCUUUGCCUCUUCCGGAAGCUGCACUGCACCCGGAACUACAUCCACCUGAACCUGUUUGUCUCCUUCAUCCUCCGAGCCGUCUCCGUGUUGGUCAAGGACGGUGUGCUGUACUCCAGCUCGGGCACAGGGCACUGCCCCGACCAGCCGUCCUCCUGGGUCGGCUGCAAGCUGAGCCUGGUGUUCUUCCAGUACUGCAUCAUGGCGAACUUCUACUGGCUCCUGGUGGAGGGACUGUACCUCCACACCCUCCUGGUGGCCAUAUUCUCCCCCAGCCGGCGUUUCGUGGCCUACCUCCUGAUCGGAUGGGGCAUCCCCACCGUCUGCACAGCUGCGUGGACGGCAGCCAGGCUCUCCUUAGAAGACACAGGUUGCUGGGAUACCAAUGACCACAGUGUUCCCUGGUGGGUUAUACGAACACCAAUUUUGAUAUCUAUUAUAGUCAACUUUGUCCUUUUUGUUAGUAUCAUACGGAUUUUACUACAGAAGCUGACGUCCCCAGAUGUCGGCGGCACUGACCCGUCACAGUACAAGAGGCUCGCCAAGUCCACGCUGCUGCUCAUCCCGCUGUUCGGAGCCCACUACAUGGUGUUUGCCGUGUUUCCUAUCGGCAUCUCCUCCAAGUACCAGAUUCUGUUCGAGCUGUGCAUGGGGUCAUUUCAGGGCCUGGUCGUGGCUGUUCUGUACUGCUUUCUCAACAGCGAAGUGCAGAGCGAGCUGAAAAGGAAGUGGCGCGGCGUGUGCCCCGGAUGGCCCUGCGGCCUGGACCACAGGCUCCGCCGCGCGUCUGUCUCGAGGAACGACUCGGAGAACGCCCUGCAGUUCCACCGCGGCUCCCGCGCCCCAUCCUUCCUGCAGACGGAGACCUCGGUCAUCUAGACGGGCGCCCCAUUGCAGAUGGACAGAUGUGGGCAGCCGCAGGCCAGGAGAGCCUGCGCGGACAGAUGUGGGAGCCCUGCCGGGUGGCUCAGGGGUGACGCCACAGAGCUGGUCUCUGCCUGUCCCCUCCGUGGAGCGGGCACUGGCUGGGACUUCAGUCUGGUCCCUGGUAAACGUCAGUGUGUAGGCAGUUUCGCUCGUAAUGCUGUUUGGCCAAGUACAGGGACCUGUUUUCAGAGAGAACAGGGAGACGGAAGCAGUCUCUGAAACGGGACACAGUGGCCCAGAACUUGGCUCCAUCCACUCCACCCUGGAAGGAAUGAAGGUGGGUUUCUAAUGGUGCCAGUUCUGGGCAGGGGGCAAAGGCCUGAGCUGGGGGCUGGAGCGUCCCCCUGCAUGACCCCCAGCUCUGGCCUCCCCUGCCCAGUCCUCUGUAGGGCAGCAUUCUCAUCUGCCAGACACAGGCACGUGCAGCAGAGCCUGCCCCUGCUGGGUGUCCCUGCUCGUCCCCACCUGGCCCAGGGCCGCCCCUACCUGCUGGUCCACCAGGAAAAGUGCAGAGAAGAGUAUCAGUUCACAACGGCAGCGAGUGGCGUGUCACCCCGCAAGGGCACCCAAGCCUAAUGAGACUCCCCCUGAGACCGCGUCAGGCCUCCUCCCCCCGCAGGCGUGAGAAGGUUGGGUAACCCGCGGCCCAGCUGGUAGGACCUGGUCGUCAGGGCAACUACGACACCAGGCA